GAAAUGAAGGUGCCAGAAGAGGAAUUAUUGAGCGACAUUUUGAAGCGGUUGACGGGCGAGUCUGCCCUGCCUGUGUACAGCAACAUUGAGAAGUUGAAACGAGGCAAGGACGGCUUAUACUUUGUCGCCGAGGACUUCAAUGAAACUGUAAAAAAAAGGGAACUGGUCAACGCUAAGGAACGACUGAGAAUCAAGAACUUGAACACCAUGUUCUCCCGCUUGAAGCGCAUGGUACCACUGAUGCGACCAGACCGGAAGCCCAGUAAAGUGGACACCCUUAAAGCUGCGACAGAAUACAUUCGUUUGCUUGUUGCAGUUUUGCAGGACACAGACAGUGAUGAUGGCAGUGGGACUGAUUUCCUAAAGAAUGCAAUCACUUAUGGUCAGACUGAAGGAUUGAGCAACGACCUGUGGAGAGUGGAUGAUUUGCUGAACAUGUCUGAGGAGCACAUGGAAGAUGGAUUCCCCAUGGCCUCAGAAACGGUAAUAGAGGACGGAGAUAUGACAAGAUUGAUGCUGCAGCAUUGCGGGAUGCCUGCGUACCAGUUCAUCAUCCAAGUAGAACCUGAUCAGACUUCGAUGUCUCAACCCUUCUGA